UUUAAAACAUAAAUUAAUAAUAAUAAAUGAAAAAAAAAACAGAUAGAGACAUAAGUGUAACUUUUAGUUCCAACUUGGUCCAAGUGACUAUUCUUUUUCUACAAUACAAAUUAUGUUGACGGGAUGACUUUGCCUCGACUAUGUGAGAGUUGUUAUAUAGGCUAUAACUCCUAAAUACUUAACAAAAAACACCUCAUUCUUGGCCAAAGUAUUGAAAUCCUUUACAAAGAAUCCUAUCGUUUCACUAUUCAAUUAAAAAAAAAAAAAAUAUUUAAUCUAGCUCCAAAAAUACUCACUAUAAUCAUGGGUUAUUCUUAUGCUCUUCUACUCUUAGUUUGCCUGUGUUGGGUGUUGACAACGCUCAUCACCGGAGACGAUGAAGCAGCGUCACCCCUCGUAAUCGCCCCACACUGUUCAGAUAAGUGUGGAAAUUUGAGCAUUCCUUACCCUUUUGGUAUUGAAGAAGGUUGUUACUACAAACCACCAAAUAAUGAAAUAUCUUCCUCCUUCAAAAUCAAUUGUAGUAAUGCUACAAACCCUCCAACACCGAGAUUGUUGGAGAUGGAGGUACUGAAUAUUUCAGUAGUAGAGGGUGAGUUACGCUCCAAAUCACGUGUUUCUUACGAUUGUUACAACAAGAGCAAUCGAGUUCACAGUUGGUUUGAAAGGUUCAACCUGGGAACAUUUACCUUAUCUAGCCCCAAAAACAUAUUAGUUGCUAUAGGGUGCGACACCACUGCCUCAUUUUCGGGGUUUCGAGUUGGAUUACGAUACAAAAUUGGAUGCUCGACUAACUGUGUGGAGCCAGAUGAUGUGAUUAACGGAGAAUGUUCCGGGGUUGGGUGUUGUCAAGCCUCGAUUCCCUGUGGAGUUAACAACGUUACAGUGCAUGUAGAGAGUCCUAGCAAUCGUAGUUCUGUGAAUGGUUUUAACCCGUGUAAUGUUGCAUUUCCGGUGGCAAAAGAUUCAUUCAAAUUUAACGAAAACUAUUUGGGAAAAGCUAUGGAGUACUACCAAGCCUUGGCAGAACCUGUAGUAUUCAAUUGGACUGUUGGACGAGACAAUUGCUCUGUGGCGAAAGCGGAUGGGAGCUGCUUAUGUAAAGAAAACACAGAGUGUUAUGAUCCGAUGCGCGAAUUGGGGUAUCGCUGCCGCUGCAUAAAUGGUUACUCUGGCAACCCUUACCUUCCUCUUGGAUGCACAGACAUUGACGAGUGCAAGGAAGCAAAUGAUUGUGAGAAACCAGAGUAUUGUAUCAACACUAAUGGAAGUUAUCAUUGCAAAUGUCCAAGGAGGUACCACGGGAAUGGGACCAAAACCAGCCCUUGCGUCUCUAAUAGUAAGCCUUGGUUCACACCAGUUAUGGCUAUUGCAGGUCUUGGUGGUGGCAUCAUAAUGUUCCUUCUGUUUGGGUUUCUCUUGCACUUUAUACAUGGUCAAAGACAAAUUAAAAAAAUGCGAGAAGUUUUUUUUCGCCAAAAUGGGGGUUUGCUUCUACAUGAAAAGCUCUCUGGACGACAUGCAAAUGCAUUAAAAAUCUUUACUAUGCAAGAUCUUGAAGUAGCGUGCAACAAUUAUAGUGACGAAAACAUAAUUGGAAGAGGAGGUUUUGGAAUCGUGUACAAGGGAAUUUUGCCAGAUAACCAGGUUGUGGCUAUCAAAAAAUCUCUCAAGGUAGAUCCAAACCAAGUUGAUCAAUUCAUCAAUGAAGUUCUUGUUUUAUCACAAAUCAACAACAAAAAUGUUGUUAGGCUACUAGGUUGUUGCUUGGAGAGUGAAGUUCCAUUGUUGGUGUACGAAUUCAUUAACAAUGGGACAUUAUAUGAUCACUUACACGAUGCAGUAAAAGCGUCCAUGCUUAAAUGGCAAGUGCGUGUAAAGAUUGCAUCAGAGGUUGCCAAUGUGCUAUCAUAUCUACACAAUACAGUCUCAACACCGAUAAUUCAUAGAGAUAUAAAAUCAAUGAACAUUCUCUUAGAUGAAAGUUACACUGCUAAGGUAACAGAUUUUGGAGCUUCAAGAUUGGUUCCCCCGGAUCAAAGCCAACUUGCUACCAUUGUGCUAGGAACUCGAGGAUAUUUGGAUCCCGAAUAUUUGCAGUCAAGUGAGCUAACUGAAAAGAGUGAUGUUUAUAGUUUUGGUGUCGUCUUGGUGGAGCUAUUGACUAGGAAAAAUGCAUUUUCUAUUACUAGGCCUGAAGCUGAGAAAUGUCUUGCUAUGCACUUCCUCCUCAAGAUAAAAGAAGGCCUAUUGUUGGACAUUCUUGACAUAAACAUAGUGAGUGAGCAAAAGAUUGAGGAGAUACAACAAAUGGCCAAUCUAGCUAAACGGUGCUUGAUGUUAAAAGGAGAUGAAAGACCUGCUAUGAAAGAAGUUGCAAUCGAAUUGGAGACUAUCAAAAGAAAGGGAUCCCAUCCAUGGAAUGAUGAUGGAUCAGUCCAAGAAGAUUGUGAAUCUUUUAUCACCGGAAAUUUGAGAUUCGACCAUGGAGGUUGUAGCAGUGGCAUUGAAUCAAAUUCAUAUGAUUCACACUUGCUUUCAUCUUUGGAAAGUGGCAGGUGAUCAGUUAUGAAUUUUGUGGAAUCUUUGAUGUCUUUAUAAAAAUUUUAUAAGUGCAAGAGUAUAGAGUAAAUAAUCUCAGUGUUUUAGUUUAUUCUAGCUAAUUAGGUUAUACAUCUUAUGUUUGGGUACAACUUACAUAAACUCUUGUCUGUAUUAUGUAUUCUUUUUUAUAAAUGAAUAU